CUUCGCGUUAGCUCCCGCAGGGAACUCCUUUCCGCCGGCUUUCACUUUCCCUUCCGGGUCGGGCCAGGCCGGUGUUCCGGUCUUGCGCACUAGGCCCUGAGUGGGAGGCCCCGCCGUUGCCAUGGUAGUAGGCCCCCGGGAGGUCCAGGGCUUGGCGUCUUGGUCAGCUCCGUGUGCUGGUCCCUGGCUGAGUGGAACUGAGUGGAACCAGGCCAGCGGGACUACAGAAUGGGCUGAGGCGGCGGCGUCUGCCCGGACGAAGUCGACUGCGGGGCGGCGGGCGUGGCACUGGUCCGGGACCCUAAGACGUCUGGUUUGAGGAGCGGACAGGCCCGAGGUUUUCUCGGGUCCCGGGGCCUGAUCUGAUCUGCAGCCUUGAGGGAACCUCAUAUUUGACGUGGGCAUGACAGGACGUGUGGGGACCCCAGCCAUGCUGAAUAGGUGACAUGUCCUGAGGGAAUCAUAAAUCUUGGUGGGAAUGACCGAGACAGCAGGAAGCUCCCCGAGUUCUGAAGAAGCUGGGCCUGAAAAUGGAGAUGUAUGAAAGCCUUGGAAAAGUAGGAGAGGGAAGUUAUGGAACAGUCAUGAAGUGUAAACGUAAGGAUACUGGGCAGAUAGUGGCCAUUAAGAUAUUUUAUGAGAAACCAGAGAAAUCUGUCAACAAAAUUGCAACGAGAGAAAUAAAGUUUCUAAAGCAAUUUCGUCAUGAAAACCUGGUCAAUCUGAUUGAAGUUUUUAGACAGAAAAAGAAAAUUCAUUUGGUGUUUGAAUUUAUUGACCACACAGUGUUAGAUGAGCUACAACAUUAUUGUCAUGGACUAGAGAGCAGACGACUUAGAAAAUACCUCUUCCAGAUUCUUCGAGCAAUUGAUUAUCUUCACAAUAAUAAUAUCAUCCAUCGAGAUAUAAAACCUGAGAAUAUUUUAGUAUCUCAAUCAGGAGUUACUAAACUCUGCGAUUUUGGUUUUGCACGAACCCUAGCGGCUCCUGGAGACGUUUAUACAGACUAUGUGGCCACACGCUGGUACAGAGCUCCAGAAUUAGUGUUAAAAGAUACCUCUUAUGGAAAACCUGUGGAUAUUUGGGCUUUGGGUUGUAUGAUCAUUGAGAUGGCCACUGGAAAUCCCUAUCUUCCCAGCAGCUCUGAUUUGGAUUUGCUCCAUAAAAUUGUUUUAAAAGUAGGUAAUUUAACACCUCACUUGGAGAAUAUCUUUUCCAAGAGUCCUAUUUUUGCUGGAGUGGUCCUUCCUCAAGUUCAACACCCCAAAAAUGCAAGAAAAAAAUAUCCAAAGCUAAAUGGAUUGUUGGCAGAUGUAGUUCAUGCUUGUUUGCAAAUUGAUCCUGAUGAGAGGAUAUCAACUACUGAUCUUUUGCAUCAUGAGUAUUUUACCAGAGAUGGAUUUAUUGAAAAAUUCAUACCAGAACUGAGAGCUAAAGUGCUACAAGAAGCAAAAGUCAACUCAUUCAUAAAGCCAAAAGGAAGUUCUAAAGAAAAUGAACUUAUGAAAAAUGAAAGAAAAACAAUUUAUACCAGUACCCUGCUAAGUAGUUCAGUUUGGGGAAAGGAAGUGGAAAAAGAGAAAAAGCCCAAGGAGAUCAAAGUGAGAGUUAUUAAAGUUAAAGGAGGAAAAGGAGAUAUCUUAGAACCAAAAAAGACAGAGCAUGAAGGUGCACAUUGUCAACAGGAUACGGUUGAAAUUGCUCACACUAUGUCUCAAGAUGCAAAAAUCAGUGAUCCACUAAAUCCUCUCAAUCUCAGCACUAACUCUACGGGCAUGAAAGACGAUCCACAUGCUGGAGGUAGUAUGGUGAUGCCACCCAUCAAUCUAACCAGCAGUAAUUUGAUGGCUUCAAAUCCCAGUUCAAAUCCCUCCCACUCUCAUUCAAGGUUAAGUGAAAGAGCAAAAAAGAGGCGUACUUCUUCACAAUUUGUUGGACAAGUUAUGUCUAAUAGCAAGCAUGAGAAUACAGGUCCCUCUCAAAGCCAAAUGGAGAAGAGUGCAUUUAAUGAUCGAACAGGUCCAAGUGACCAAAUGGCAAAUGGAAACAAAAGGAAGCUGAAUUUUUCCAGAUUUGAAAGGAAAGAAUUCCAUUUUCCAGAAUUGCCUUUCAUAAUACAGUCAAAGGAGAUGAAAGGAAUGGAAGUUAAACAGAUAAAAGUUUUGAAGAAGGAAUCAAAGAAAAUUAAUUCAUCUAAAAUACCAACUUUACUUAAUGCAGAUCAAUAUCAAGAAAAAGAAGAGGAUGAAGAUGACCAUUGUAAGGCGAAGAAUUUGAAGAGGAGCAGAUUUUUGUCUGGUAGUGUCCUUUCUCUUAAAUCCUAAAAAUACAGCUUGGCAAGUCUUCUCUUUUAAUUUUAUAUACAAUAGAAAUGUAACAUGAGCUGCUAAGAGAGCAGUUUGUCUGCAUUAGCAUCAUGCAACUUUGUUGGCAAACUCUUCAGUUUUCUUUUUCUUCUAAGAAUUCUGUUGAUGUGUUGCUUUGAUUUGGAAUUAUAAAGUCAUCUCCUCUCUGCCUCCUUC